AUGAAAAUUCGUACGUUUUUUGUAAAAAUGUAGAAGUAGUUUUCUCGCAAAAGGCAAAAAACUAAGUUUUAAUGUAAUAGUUUGAAAAUAUUCUAAUUAAAUUUUAUUUUGAAAGGUCUUAAAAUGGCUUAAAAACACGUUUUUGAUACUUUUUAGAAAUGAAAGUUGAGUGGAAGAUUUGUAAUGCAUUUUGCACUGAAAAUCUUCCACCAAAAUUCAACUUCUAAAAACUGUCAAAAAUGCAUUUUUAGGCCAUUUUGAGUCAUUUUAAAAAUGGAAGUUAGGUGAAAGAUUUUUAGUGAAAAUUACAUUACAAAUCUUCCACACAACUUUCAUCUUCAAAACAAGUCGAUUUUAAAGGGCCUUUACUUUCAGACCGCAACAUUCCGUCAAUUUGCAUGUUAAUCGAUAUGAGAAUGGCCAAUUCAGCUGAUUUUUUGAUAAAUGACUUGGAGAACCUUCGAACUUCAUUUUUUGACCAGUGGCAUUGGCGAAUGAUCAAUGAUGCCACUCGAAAUGAGGCAUUCAAUCGAGGAAUCGAAUUGGUUUUGAAGGAAGUUGAGGUGGGUUUUUUAUUAGAUUGUCCGAAUAUGGAUGAGCCAUUCAAUGCGCCCAACUUUGAAAAUUUUGGCUCAUUCAUAUUUGGACAACCUGAUAAAUGGUAGUAACAUUGUUUUUAAUACUGUAAGUUGAAUUUUUUGAGAAAUGAUUUUAAAAAAUUGUAUUUUUAGAAAACACACGAUUCUAAUAUGACAAUAAUGGACUUAGGCUGUGGCACUGGACUCCUGACAGUAAUGCUGGGUAACAAUAUAUCAUUAUGUAGCAAGAUCUCAGAACCUCAAUGUAUAUACGCGUUGGAUUCGAAUUACACUUGUUCUGUCGUGACGCAGAAGGUUAUCGAAAAGAAUGGCAUUAGUGCUCAAGUUUUUAAUAUGAAAUCGACUGAUUUUGAAAGUAUGCCAACUGGUCGAUAUUUGGAUUUGAUUAUCAGUGAAACUUUGGAUUGUGCCAUUUUUGGUGAACAUUUCUGUUCUUCGUUGCUUGAUCUGCAUGAUAGGUUUGAGGUAACGAUCAUGGGUAAUAUGUAAUGAUCAAGUGUAAUUUUGAUACUAUAACCUGUUACUGUGACAUUUCUAUCACAAAACAUAUCACUGUGACACUUUUUAUUACACAAAAUGCCAUUUUAUAUAUAAUGUUGUAUAUAUUUUGUUGCACCAUGCACAAAAAAAUCAAUGUUGUACUACGUUUUUCAAUUUCAGGGACCAGUACCAUUCCGCGUAGUACCAAAAAGAGCCUCAUUGUACGCCCAAGCUAUAUAUUCACCAGAAUUGGCCAAGGAUUAUUCCAAAAAUCUUAAAAAUGGCAUAUUAAUGUCGAAUCCAGUUGUAUAUAUGCAAAACAACACGUACGCAGUAACAUACGAUUGCACAUACAUGGAUAAGAUCGACUACCAAGCGUUGUCACAGCCAGUUAACGCCAUAAGCAUCGACUUUGAAACGGUAGAGGAAUUGAGAAAAGUGGUCGAUAAUGAAGUUAGAAAAAGCGUCAAGUUCAAUGUCAAGGCUGGAUUAAGGCCUACUGCUAUUAUGGCAUGGUUUGAGUAAGUUGGGCGGGCACGCUUCAGCUUAUUAGGUGCCGACAUAAAGAACCAGCCAUUUUUACAGGAAAUUACAGGCAAUGUAUGGCGGGUUCUUUAUGUCGGCACCUAAUAUAACUUGUCUUUUGAGACUUUUAAUGAAAGUAUAAGUUUUAUGCAAGGAAUGAAAUAAUUUUAGGCUUAAAAUGGCUUAGUUUUUAAUUUUUUAAACUUUUUUUAGUAUAAAAUUUAAAAAAAAUCAUUUUCCGACCUCAUUUUAGAUGUGAAACCUACCCAGGAGUCGAAUUUUCGACGAAACCCGGCAAUUCCAGUUGUUGGCCUCAAGCGGUUUUUACAUUAAUUUUUAGAGACGACCCGUUGGCCGAGGAUACAGAACUAAACUUUAUGUUCUAUAUUGAGAAUGAACAAUGUUUUUUCAUUUCUCAGGAAACGAUUGGAUUUGAUUGUGUUCAGAAAGGAGAAUUUGAAUUCAAACUCUUAAAUUGUGAGAAGUUGAUUAACUUCUUCCAAGAGUUUAUCGAUAAGUCGACAGACGUCGUAUUGAAUUAUACUGGAUUGAUUUUGGAGCCAAAAGAAGUGAAGGAAAAGAGAAGCAAAUUGGGUAAAGAGGAGGGAGCCGGAAAGAUCAGGAAUUGCUUGGAGAAAGUACAGUAAGUUAGCUAGUGAGAUUAACCGUCUGAAUUAUUAUGUGGCAUAAAAAGCCCAGACUCACUCUUUGUAGGCUUAGGCUUAGUAGGCUUAGGCUUAGUAGGCUUAGGCUUAGUAGGCUUAGGCUUAGUAGGCUUAGGCUUAGUAGGCUUAGGCUUAGUAGGCUUAGGCUUAGUAGGCUUAGGCUUAGUAGGCUUAGGCUUAGUAGGCUUAGGCUUAGUAGGCUUAGGAGGCUUAGGCUUAGUAGGCUUAGACUUAGUAGGCUUAGGCUUAGUAGGUCUAGGAUAAAUGGGUCAUUAACGUUUUAUUCAUUUAUCUUAAACCUACGCUUACCAACUUUAUUACUUAAUAUUAACUAAUAAAACCGUAAUUUUUAAAAUUAUUUGCGGCAUUACCUAGUGUAAUAUAUCAAUAUAGCCUUAGAGAAAUUGCAAGAAAUCGUAUUGCGUAACAUAUUGUUGUGUAAUUUUGUUGUUUUAUAUAAUAUUUGCCUCGAUGUAAAACGACCCAACAAAUUACUGCGAGUACGGCAAUCUUACUCUAUAUUCUUGCUAGGUAUUGUGCUUUAUCUGUUGUUUUGUAUAAUUUUCGAAUCUUUUCUUAAAUGUUCAGGCCUAGGCCCAGUAGGCUUAGACUUAGUAGGCUUAGGUUUAAUAGGCUUAAGCUUAGUAGGCUUAAGCUUAGUAGGCUUAAGUUUAGUAGGCUUAAGCUUAGAAGGCUUAGGCUUAGUAGGCUUUAGCUUAGUAGGUUUUGAAUAAGCUUAGGUUUAGUAAGUUUAGGCUCAGGGUUACUAGGCUCUAUUUUUUAACCUUACUUAAACUUUUUUAGUAUUGAAGCCGAGCUCUCAGAAGCGUCUACUAUCGCUGUUUUUCCAUUCGAUUCUCGCGGUACCUUUACCCCAGACGGCACCAUCUUCUGCCAAGCUUCAAGUAUGUUCAAUAAACAGAUAUUUCCUUGCGCGAUGCGAAUACACGCUCAAAUGUUUCGAUCAGAUGAACUGAUGAAUUGUGCUAAACUGGUACCGAAAGAGAAAAGAGGUCGAGUAUACUGUAAUGUGGACUUGGAUACGAUAGAAUCGAUGCAUAUACGGUAUUUUGAAGAGGUUGACAUCAACAAAAUGGACAUAACAAUCUUGAGUGAUGAGGUUGAGGCUAUUAAAGUCGGCUUAAAGGUAAUGAUGAUUUAACUAGGUGGUGGGUGUGUAUAAUGGGGUGGGCGUGUUCUUUAAGGGAAUCUUAAAGUUUUUGCUUAUUUCUGUGGUCUGUAAAGAAAGUUUUUGCGUUUUUUUCUUUUUUUUGAAAUGGCUUGAAGCCUUGCCUUUUUUUUAGCCUUGAAGCAAAACUAAUUUUAAUUUUGUUUGCAAAUCUUCGUUUUUGCUCGUUUAAAAAUGGAAGUUGAGUGGAAGAUUUGUAAUGUAUUUUACACUAAAAAUCUUUCACUCAAAUUCCAUUUUUAAAGUAUCUUAAAAUUGCCUAAAAACAUGUUUUUGACACUUUUUAGAAGUGGAAGUUGAGUGGAAGAUUUUCUGUGUAAAUUUCAUUACAAAUCUUCCACUUAACUUUCACUUUUAAAUUUUGAAAUUACUUGUUUAAUUUUCAAAUUUUCAGUUUGAAAAAUUGCAAAACAGCACAUCAACGACUACUUUGAUCACGGCAGGUCCAGCUGAUGGUAUUUUAUAUUGGCACGAAUUGGAAGGCCCAUCAGGGCAAAAGUUCUCGUUCAAGCGGGAUUACGGGAUCGUGAAGGCAUUUAUUUUUGCGGAACGGCACGGUGUUGAAGGACAAAAUGUCGUCUUGAAUACUACUUUUCAAAAUGGUCAAUUUACUUUUGCGGUACCAACUUUUGACGAACCAUCGGAAUCCAGGUUUUAUGCCACUUUUAGUGGUACUGUAUUGUAA